AUGGAGCGAAUUCCUACCUAUGCCAAAUUCAUGAAAGAUUUGCUCAUAAAGAAAAGAAGAAUUCAAGAGGAAGAGACUAUGGAAUGGGAUGCUAGUUGCCUCAAAAGUCAAAUAUCCAAGAAGUUUCACACUUUGUGUACCAUUGCCAGAUUAAUAGUGGGCAAGGCAUUGCUGAACCUUGGAGCUAGUAUCAAUUUGAUGCCUUUGUCCAUGUUAAAAAGAAUAGGAGAUGUGGAAGUUCAACCAAGCAGAAUGACACUUCAAUUAGCUAAUAGAUCUAUCAAAUAUCCAUAUGGAAUUGAAGAAGACUUAUUGGUCAAAUUGGAUAAAUUCUACUUUCAUGUAGACUUUGUAAUUAUGGAUUUGGAGGAAGACUCAAAAGUACCUCUCAUCCUUGGGAGACCUUUUAUGAAAAAAACCAAGGUCAUCAUUGAUGUUGGCAAUGACAAAAUAAAAGUAAGAGUGUUGGAUAAAGAGAUCAUUUUUCAUAUGGUAGGAGUCAUGAAGCAUCCUGUUGACCAACAAAAGAAAGGACCACUUCAGGAUGGAUGUACUUGA